CAAAAAUACAAAUUUCAAAAAAGUUUGUCUGACAUUUGUCAGGUAAAAAUUUCAUUUCGAUAAAAAUUUUAUUGGAAAAAUUAUUUACAUAUUUAUUGGAAAAUAAAAAAAAAUUAAAUAAGUUCAAUUAAAAGCACAAAAAUGCCGCUCCGUAAUUGUUGCGUAGGAUGCCAGGGCCCAAUGACGGGCCCUUGCGGCCCCAAAGCGUACAGAUGCAACCCUAAUGACGGCGCCGGCCCUUGCUGCUGCCACUCCAGUUGGAAAUGUUGCUCGUCGCCUUGCGGAGACGUUGGAGACGUUGGACAUGGAGCACGAGGCGGUGUGGCCGGGUCGUACUUCAGCUGCGGGCACGCAUGCAUCGGCGGCUGCACCAGCGGACUCUGCGGCAGCUGCUGUGGUCCGGCGUGCGGCAGCUGAGCCAGGGAACAGCGCACAGCUGUGUUACAUUGUGAAAAAUUAUUUGUGGAAAUUCUAACCAAUAAAUUCUUUUUUGUAUAA